AUGACUCCGGACCACUAUCGGAUCCUCGCAAUGCUCCAAGUCAAUCGAGAAUUCCGGGAUGUGGUCUCGAAACAGUAUGGCGUGUUUAACGGAUUAACAUCUCGCCCACUCUUACUACGUCCUUCGAUAGACUUUCUUGAUUUCCGCGAUCUGAAGCAUUUGAAGGAGUAUACGGACAAGGCUUCGUCAUCAAGUCGCUUCCGAAAUAACGGGGUGAAGGUCAAGCAUGCUUUUCCACAAUACCCUCUGAAAGAUCCGGCAGAAGAAAUAUGGAAAGCGAUUUUGCUUUUCACCGAUCUCGAACGCAUAACUUUCUAUAUCGACGAUUUUGAUCGUUAUCAAGCCAUAGAAGAGGAAGACGGUAAGCUCGAUGCCUCUGAAACAAUCGAAUCCAUAGAAUUCUACAGAAAGCAUAUGCAAUUCAAAAAAGCUUGCAUAAAGAGGUUGCACAUUCGAUUCCGUGAGGAUAGAUCCGAACAGUAUAUGCUCUCAUCCAUCGAUACAGAGCACCAACCACGGCUUGUGCGAAUGCCAACAAUAGAAUACAUAGACAGAACCAGGUUCAUUAAGGCUCAUAUGGCGAGGAGGGACCCAUCGAAAUAUGGCCCCUCCUCAGGUAUGCAAGUUCCGGACUCACGCGUAUGUGAUGAUCAUUCGUUUUGGUAA